CGGGCGUUCCCGCUUGUGGAUUGACUUACUUGAACAUCUGAAAAUUGGGUGCUUGGACUCCUAGUACCAUGUCAGCUGGAAGAGUGCGAACGAAGAAAAAAGUACCAGUUUUAGACCAAGCAUCUGAUAAUCUUCCUUUGAGAAGUUCAGGGAGACAGGUGAGGAGAAAGGCAGCAGAGGCAGUUGAGGAUGAUGAAGAAACAUCAGAGAAGAAAUAUCGGAAGUGCGAAAAAGCAGGCUGUACUGCAUCUUGCCCAGUGUGCUUUGCUAGCGCUGCCGAAAGGUGUGCUAAAAAUGGCUAUACUUCAAGAUGGUAUCAUCUGUCCUGUGGGGAACAUUUCUGUAAUGAAUGUUUUGAUCAUUACUACAGAAGUCAUAAGGAUGGUUAUGAAAAAUACACUGCGUGGAAAAGAAUUUGGACCAGUAAUGGAAAAAGUGAACCCAGUCCUAAAGCUUUUAUGGCUGAUCAACAGCUUCCUUACUGGGUUCAGUGCACAAAGCCGGAGUGUGGGAAGUGGCGUCAGCUGACAAAGGAAAUCCAGCUUACCUCACAAAUAGCCAAAGCAUACCGCUGUGGCAUGAAACUGAACAGUUCUACUAAGGUGGAAGGCUCAGACCAAUGCUCCAUGCCUGAGGAUCUGAGAGUUGCUGAAGUUUCAGAUCACUGGUGGUAUUCCAUGCUUAUCCUUCCUCCCCUGUUGAAGGACAGUGUGGCUGCUCCACUUCUAUCUGCAUACUAUCCAGACUGCGUGGGUAUGAGUCCAUCUUGUACCAGUACUCACCGGUUGGUUGGUGAAUCCAGUGUGAUAAAAAUGGAGCACUUAAAGACUCCACCUUCCAUAGCUGGGAUGAACAAAUACUUCCAGCCUUUCUAUCAGCCCAAUGAAUGCGGUAAAGCCCUGUGUGUAAGGCCAGAUGUAAUGGAGUUAGAUGAACUCUAUGAGUUUCCAGAAUAUUCCCGGGACCCCACCAUGUACCUAGCUCUGCGAAAUCUCAUUCUGGCCUUGUGGUACACAAACUGCAAAGAACCUCUAACUCCUCAGAAAUGUACUCAUCACAUAAUUGUCCGAGGACUAGUACGUAUUCGCUGUGUUCGGGAGACAGAGAGAAUUCUUCAUUUUAUGACCAGGAAAGGUCUGAUUAAUACAGGAGUCUUGUCAGUUAAUCGAGACCAAGCCCUGCUUCCCAAGGACUACCACAAUAAGUCUGUAAUUGUAGUUGGGGCUGGCCCAGCAGGAUUAGCAGCUGCAAGACAACUUCAAAAUUUUGGAAUUAAAGUCCUCGUACUUGAAGCAAAGGAUAGAAUUGGUGGACGAGUAUGGGAUGAUAAGACUUUCAAGGGGAUCGUUGUAGGAAAAGGGGCUCAGAUUGUGAAUGGCUGUAUCAACAAUCCUAUAGCACUAAUGUGCGAGCAACUGGGCAUUAAAAUGCAUAAAAUUGGAGAGAAGUGUGACUUGAUCCAAGAAGGUGGAAGGAUAACUGAUCCUACCAUAGAUAAGCGUAUGGAUUUUCAUUUCAAUUCUAUCCUUGAUGUUGUGGCAGAUUGGAGAAAAGAUAAAAGUCAACAUCAAGAUAUUCCUCUUGGAGAUAAAAUUCAGGAAAUCUAUAAAGUUUUUAUUCAGGAAUCUGGGAUCCAGUUCAAUGAACUAGAGGAAAAAGUGCUCCAGUUCCAUGUUAGUAAUUUAGAAUAUGCCUGUGGCAGCAACCUCCAUGAAGUUUCUGCACGUUCUUGGGAUCAUAAUGAAUUUUUUGCUCAGUUUGCUGGUGAUCACACCUUAUUAAGUUCAGGAUAUUCUGCCAUAACUGAAAAAAUAGCUGAAGGCCUGGACAUUAGGUUAAAGGUUCCAGUCUGUAGUAUUGAUUACUCAGGAGAAGAGGUACAAGUGACCACAACAGAUGGAACUCUGUGGACAGCACAAAAGGUUUUAGUUGCUGUACCUUUAGCUGUUCUUCAAAAAGCAGCUAUUCAGUUCAAUCCAGCCUUGUCGGAUAGAAAAAUGAAAGCUAUCAAUAGUUUAGGAGCAGGAGUCAUUGAGAAGAUUGCACUACAGUUUCCUUAUAGAUUCUGGGACAGCAAAAUUCAAGGGGCUGAUUACUUUGGCCAUGUUCCACCUAAUUCAAGCAAACGUGGACUCUUCAGUGUUUUCUAUGACAUGGAUCCACAGCGUAAAUGCAGUGUUCUAAUGUCUGUAAUUACUGGAGAUGCUGUGGGAACUAUUAGGAAUUUAGAUGACAAACAAGUGCUGCAGCAGUGCAUGACUGUGCUUCGGGAAUUGUUUAAGGAACAGGAAGUGCCAGAUCCAGUCAAAUAUUUCAUUACACGAUGGAGCAAAGACCCUUGGAUCCAAAUGGCAUAUAGUUUUGUAAAGACAGGGGGCAGUGGUGAAGCUUAUGAUAUACUUGCUGAAGAUAUACAGGGAAAAAUCUUCUUUGCUGGCGAGGCCACAAAUCGGCACUUUCCACAGACAGUUACGGGAGCCUACUUGAGUGGUGUUCGAGAAGCAAGCAAAAUAUCAGCAUUUUGAAUACUAAACUACUGUUUACAUUUUUAAACAAAUCCUAACGCCAAGUGGUGCUCAAAUGUGUGAAGACUAAACAAUUUUUAAAGCUUUUUUAUUUUUUACACCUUGAGGAUGCACUUACGUUUUAUCAGAAAAGUAUGCUAAAGUAGCAAUUACUUGUGAGCAGUGCUAGCAGCCAGACAAGCAUAUUCAUCUCAUAUCUUUUUUGAAACUUCAGCUGGAAGUCUAUAUUAUGGAAGUUGGAAAUGUAAUGAACCUUAAAUAGUUGUGGGUGGACUGUCAAAUAGCUCAUAGGUAGUCAGAAAUGUUUCUUCAAAAGGAUAGUAGGUUUCUCCAAUCACGUCUAUAAAAAAAAAAAACUACAAGAAAUGGUCAGAAAUACAAACAUGGAGGCCUGUUGUACUGUUUAAUUAUAUAUUAUGCAUAAAACAAUCAAUUCAUAACCUUCAUUACUGACCUGCAAAAAAAUGACAUAAAAGCAACAUUUGUGUGAUGCUUAUUAUUUGCUGAUCAUGUAAAUGGACUAGCAAAAAUGUUUGUUCUGUGGACAUUUCCUUUCUGUGCACUUACAGUUUCAAUUAUCAGAACUCCAGUUAAGGAAGUAUAAUGGAAGUAGGUAAUUCAGUGAAAACUUUUUUUUGGGGGGGGCUUAAAUUUGGGGUUGGUUGUUUUUGAAAAGUUAAAUGAUGUGACAUCAUCCAAAAGCAAACAAAUUUUAGAUGGUGUAAUAUCAGUUCAUUAUAUUGUACAAUGACAAUUUCAGUAUGGCAGCAUCAAUAUCUGUUCUAUUAUUUUUCAAAAACAUCUCUUAAAUGUGUUUAAAAAGUAUUUUGCUACAAGAAUGCAAUAUGCAACAUUUCUCAAACAUAUGAAUCCCUGAAUAGUAACUUGGUUUAAAAUAGAGGACAAAUUGGAGAAGAAUUACUGUUUAAAAAUAUUCACAAUUUUUAAUAGUUUUACUAAAUUAAAUAGCCAGGCUAUAAUUAUGAAAACAUGUAUAUAAAGAAAUACAAAAUAAAAAUGGAUGAUUUCUGGAAAUUUUCCUCCCAUUUAAAAUGCUAAAACUGUGUGAAUGUUUAUCCAAAGCAGCUUAACUGUUUUUUUUUAACCUAGUUAUUUUCUUUCGUACUUAUUAAUCCUUUAACGUGUAUUGAAGUUUUUGUAAAUAUUAACAAAUAGCAAAUUGCAUUAGGAAAUAAAGGAAACCCGUUUUAAACCCAAA